AUACAUUUAUAUCUUACACAAAUUAUAUUUUUAUAAAAUAUAACUAUUAACCUCUGGAUUAAAGUCUGGUUUGGCGCGUGAAGAGUGUGGAUGUAUCCUUGCGAGUGAGUAUAUAUAAUGAUACAGGGGUAGUGGUAAAUUUGGGGAAAUCAGACUUUACAACCGAAUUGGAGAGAGAGGGAGAGAGAGAGAAAGAGAGAGAAGCAAAGGCGGUGGAAAAAUGGCCGGAACGAAAGAGAAGGUCGAGGAACUGAAAAUGCCGGCGGAAAAGGUCGCUACGAAAGCUGAAGCUGAAAAGGAACUGAAAAUGCCGGCGGAAAAGGUCGCUACGAAAGCCGAAGCUGAAAAGGAACUGGAAAUGCCGGCGGGAAAGGUCGAUAAGGAGAUUAGAGAAUAUGUCCGAAACGUCAGAGAAGCCAUUGACUCUGUGACCGAUGCUCACAUAUUUCCGCAGGCUGCACAGCGAGCAGAGCAGUUUCACCAGUCGCAAUUGCGGCUCCGGAAGGUGAUGGAGGAGAGGAAGGCGCUGAAAGGUGGUGAUAUGGAAGACGCCGGUGGUUCCUCCGGCGGCGCCUGAAUAGAAGCGCCGUCGCUCUGCUCUAAUCUGAUCGAUCUGAGCAUCCUCCAUUCAUGUCCAUCUGUAGGUAUUCAAUCGGAAACCUUAUCUCUGCUGCUCUGUGUUCCGAUACUCUAUCGAUCUCUUACUGUAAUAAAUGAAUGCUCGAUCGAUUA